GGUGAGGGUGUUAUUGUACAAUUCACUGUCAUGUUGAACCCGGCUAACAGAGUAUCAGCAGAACGUUUGGAGGAAGUGUUCGUGAAUCACACUGGGGUAGCGAGAGUUUAGGAGAUUUCACGAUCGACCCUGCCUUCACUUCAUUCUCUGCUCCAGGUACACCAGUUACUAUUCCUGUAACAUCCCAACAUCUGCAGCGCAAGAAAACACAACUGUAACAGAGUCGGCCACAACAAGGAUGACACAGGUGACCUCUAGGACAACAGCCAUGCCCGUUACAUCCACCGAUCCCUUAGAGCCGUUGACGUCUGCAACUACAACGCUCCAGGCUGGCACACCGAUGACAGACACUACUGUGUCACAAGCAACACCGGAGGCACUUUUGUUCAAUUACGUCGUAGCAAGCUGAGGAUUGUCUCCCUUAUUUGGAUUCCAGAUUAUGCCAAUCAGUCAUCACCGUUGUUUCAAGAAUUGGCAACAAAUUUGACAGAGGAGUUGGAAUGCGUAUUUCGAGAAUCAGCGAUUAAUGAACACGUGGACAGAGUGUACAUCACAAGUUUCAGCCCAGGGAGUAUCAUAACUAACUACAACCUUGAGUUACAUCCGGAGAAAGGUGUGACCUUGACCCAAGUGUCUGAAGCAUUUAGCAAUGCCACGCAGGAUGGGAAGAUGCUGGGGGGACUUGAGCUGGACACUGCAACAUCCACUUUUGAAGCUGCUCCAGUUCCUGUUACAACAACAACGACAACCACAAAAGCAACCACGGUCAGCCCUCGUUCUACAACAUUGACAUCCCUGUCAACUUCCUCAGCGGUGAAGACAACAGCGAGUGUUUCCUCUCCUCGCAAUGAAACAACAGUUUCUGUUCCACCAACCCAACCUAUUACAACAGUUUCAAGUCGUAUGAAUGAAACUUUAACUACAGUGCCAGUUGUAGUGACAACGGCAAAUGUUACAGGAGUGUACAAUGCAACAACAGAAUUGGUGCAGCCAACAAGGCCAGCUGAAACUACUGUAGCGAACAUUACCGAAAUGUACAAUGCAACAACAGAAUUGGUGCAGCCAACAAGGCCAGCCGAAACAACUGUAGCGAACGUUACAGAAAUGUACAAUGCAACAACAGAAUCUGUGCAGCCAACAAGGCCAGCUGAAACUACUGUAGCGAAUGUUACAGAAAUGUACAAUGCAACAACAGAAUCUGUGCAGCCAACAAGGCCAGCCGAAACUACUGUAGCGAACGUCACUGAAAUGUACAAUGCAACAACAGAAUCUGUGCAGCCAACAAGGCCAGCCGAAACUACUGUAGCGAACGUUACAGACAUGUACAAUGCAACAACAGAAUCUGUGCAGCCAACAAGGCCAGCCGAAACUACUGUAGCGAACGUUACAGAAAUGUACAAUGCAACAACAGAAUUUGUGCAGCCAACAAGGCCAGUCGAAACUACUGUAGCGAACGUUACAGAAAUGUACAAUGCAACAACAGAAUUUGUGCAGCCAACAAGGCCAGCCGAAACUACUGUAGCGAACGUUACAGAAAUGUACAAUGCAACAACAGAAUCUGAGCAGCCAACAAGGCCAGUCGAAACUACUGUAGCGAACGUUACAGAAAUGUACAAUGCAACAACAGAAUCUGUGCAGCCAACAAGACCAGCCGAAACUACUGUAGCGAACGUCACUGAAAUGUACAAUGCAACAACAGAAUCUGUGCAACCAACAAGGCCAGCCGAAACUACUGUAGCAAACGUUACAGACAUGUACAAUGCAACAACAGAAUUGGUGCAGCCAACAAGGCCAGCCGAAACUACUGUAGCGAACAUUACAGAAAUGUACAAUGCAACAACAGAAUUUGUGCAGCCAACGAGGCCAGUCGAAACAACUGUAGCGAACGUUACAGAAAUGUACAAUGCAACAACAGAAUUUGUGCAGCCAACGAGGCCAGCCGAAACAACUGUAGCGAACGUUACAGAAAUGUACAAUGCAACAACAGAAUCUGAGCAGCCAACAAGGCCAGCUGAAACUACUGUAGCAAACGUUACAGAAAUGUACAAUGCAACAACAGAAUCUGUGCAGCCAACAAGGCCAGUCGAAACUACUGUAGCGAACGUUACAGAAAUGUACAAUGCAACAACAGAAUUUGUGCAGCCAACGAGGCCAGUUGAAGCAACAACAGUAGAAAUUCCUGUGUAUGAACGAUAUCCGUAUGACUCCUUACGCAUUGAGAUUGAGAUAAUUUCAUUGGAAUGGCAAGCAGAAUAUGCAGUCGACAACUCCACGCAGUACAGGGAAUUGUCGACCAAUAUAACGUCAGAGCUUGAAAGCAUUUUUCGGAAAUCAGAUGUCAGUGAAAGUGUGGAUGAGAUUUUCAUCACCAGUUUCAGAGAAGGCAGUGUGAUUGUAGAUUUCGAUGUCAAAUUAACAGAAUCAGCCAAUGUGACCUUAGAAGCUCUGGUGAAAGCUUUUCAGCAAGGCACAAAUAACAGUCAAAACAUCGGGGGCUAUGUAAUGAACAGCACCGCCACGGUUUUCAUACCGCCAGAUGUUUUCACCACUUCCACAUUGAUCACUCCUGACUUCACAGUACCAGAUAACUUCACAGAAAGGACUACAGCUGUUGUGACUGUUACAGAAACAGUUUCGGCUGUUACCCGUGUGAAUGUGACUGCCUCCCCUGAGGGCAACGUUACAGAAUUUACCACUUCAGUUGUGAAUGCAACAGAAUUUACCACUUCAGUUGUGAAUGCAACAGAAAUGCCAUCAAAUGCAACCGAUGUGACACCUUUGUUUAAUGCAACGGAUAUGACAACUUUUAUGAAUGGAACUGAUAUGACAACUCCUUUUAUGAAUGCAACAGAUAUGACAACUCCUUUUAUGAAUGCAACAGAUAUGACAACUCCUUUUAUGAAUGCAACAGAUAUGACAACUCCUUUUAUGAAUGCAACAGAUAUGACAACUCCUUUUAUGAAUGCAACAGAUAUGUUUACAAAUGCAACAGACAUGUUUACAAAUGUCACAGAAAUGACCACUCCAGUAAUGAAUGUCACAGAAGUGUUUACAAAUGCGACAGACAUGUUUACUAAUGCCACAGGAAUGUUAACAAAUGCAACAGAAAUGACAACACUGGUAAUGAAUGUCACAGAAGUGUUUGUAAAUGCAACAGAAAUGACAACAACAGUAAUGAAUGUCACUGAAGUGCUUGUAAAUGCAACAGAAAUGACAACACCAGUGAUGAAUGUCACUGAAGUGUUUGUAAACGCAACAGACAUGACAACACCAGUGUUGAACAUCACAGAAGUGUUUACAAAUGCCACAGACAUGUUUACAAAUGUAACAGAUAUGUUUACAAAUGCAACAGAAAUGACGACAGCAGUAAUGAAUGUCACAGAAGUGUUUCCAAAUGCAACAGAUAUGUUUACAAAUGCAACAGACAUGACAACACCAGUAAUGAAUGUCACAGAAGUGUUUACAAAUGCCACAGACAUAUUUACAAAUGCCACAGAAAUGACAACACCGGUAAUAAAUGUCACAGAAGUGUUUGUAAAUGCAACAGAAAUGACAACACCAGUAAUGAAUGUCACAGAGGUGUUUACAAAUGCAACAGAAAUGACAACACCAGUAAUGAAUGUCACAGAAGUGUUUAUAAAUGCUACAGAAAUGUUUACAAAUGCAACAGAAAUGACAACACCAGUAAUGAAUGUCACAGAGGUGUUUACAAAUGCUACAGAAAUGUUCACAAAUGCUACAGAAAUGACAACACAAGUAAUGAAUGUCACAGAAGUGUUCACAAAUGCAACAGAAAUGUUUACAAAUGCAACAGAAAUGACAACACCAGUAGUGAAUGUCACAGAAGUGUUUACUAAUGCAACAGAUAUGUUUACAAAUGCAACAGAAAUGACAACAUCAGUAGUGAAUGUCACAGAAGUGAUUACAAAUGGUACAGAAAUGUUUACAAAUGCUACAGAAAUGACAACACCAGUAAUGAAUGUCACAGAGGUGUUUACAAAUGCUACAGAAAUGUUUACAAAUGCAACAGAAAUGUUUACAAAUGCCACAGAAAUGACAACACCAGUAAUGAAUGUCACAGAAGUGUUUACAAAUGCUACAGAAAUGUUUACAAACACUACAGAAAUGACAACACUAGUAAUGAAUGUCACAGAAGUGCUCACAAAUGCAACAGAAAUGUCUACAAAUGCUACAGAAAUGUUUACAAACGCUACAGAAAUGACGACACCAGUAAUGACAUCAGUAAUGAAUGUCACAGAAGUGUUUACUAAUGCAACAGAAAUGUUUACAAAUGCAACAAAAAUGACGACACCAGUAAUGAAUGUCACAGAAGUGUUUACAAAUGCAACAGAAAUGUUUACAAAUGCAACAGAAAUGACAACACCAGUAAUGAAUGUCACAGAAGUGUUUACAAAUGCAACAGAAAUGUUUACAAAUGCCACAGAAAUGACAACACCAGUAAUAAAUGCUACAGAAAUAACAUCGACAUCAGUUGUAAAUGUCACUGAAAUCUCCACUGCACCCACUACUAAUGCUACAGAAAAACCUGCUAAUGUCACAGAUGUGAUCCCAACAACUAACGUAACCCAAACAACCACCGAAGCAAGUACCAACGCUACCACUGAUGUCAUUAUUCCCGUCACCUUGACAACUGUUGGUGCAACCAAGGCAACAAAUGGAACUGUGGUCAUCCCAGUUACCACUACUGUGGAACCAACAACAACCGUUCCCAUAGUAACGGAGGUGGUGAUACUGGGAUCUUUUCGUAUCGUUGAAGGAGCUACUUGGGAGGAGAGUUUGAGUAGUGAAGAUUCAACAGCUUAUAAAACUCUUAACAAUAACUUAACCACAGAGCUGACAGAUAUCUAUAGCCCUACAUACCCUCUUCUUGGAAUUAACAACAUGGCUUUCAGCCAAGGCAGCGUGGCAGUGUCGUAUAAAGCCAAUUUUAACAGCUCAAUGUCCGCAACAGCUGAAGAUGUUCAGCAAACAUUCCUUAAUGGUCUUGUGGAUGGGAAAAAACUCGGCAAAUACACCAUUGAUGUGGACUCAGUGCGACAUGAAGCCUCAACUCUUCCACCCACCACAAAGGCGCCAGCGGAGGAGUCGUCAUGGUUACCAGGAUGGGCCAUCGCUGUCAUCGUCUGCAGCUGCAUAUUAUUUGUCUUCUUCAUUUACCUCAUCGUCAUGCUGGUUAUGUCGACACAGGAAAAUGGUGAUGUGAUGUGCUGCAAGAGAGGAACACAUAAAAAGUACAAAUUGCCCGUCACUGACCCAGAUGACAUUGGGUACAGACGUAGUUGGGCUGAUAGUCCGUCUCCUUCCGCCAAUGGGGACAGUACCUUUGAUACCAACACCAAUAAAGUAGUUCCUUCAGAAGACUUGCGACGUGGAGAAGAAUUAUCGUACAUAAAUGAAGGGAUGUAUGUAAAUGAUGAUGUUGAGGCCGGAAAACGAAAUGGUGACUUGGAUAAAACUACUUCUUUAUGAUCUUAACUACAUGGGACUGUUGCAUGCUGAAACUGAGUUUUCAGCAUUCAAAGAAAAAGAAUUCACAAGCAGCUCCUUCCACCCACAACAAGCAAAUGGAAGGUCUGAGAGCAACAUGUAAUAUGCAUGUAUAAACAUAAAAGUGGACAAAUCCAUUCUGUCUCAGAGGAGGUAGAGACGACACAGUAUUGCUACUGGGAGUUUUGGAGCAUUCACGAGAAAUGCUGAAAUGAUAAUUCAGCAUUUCUGUUUUCUCAUUUUGUGCAUCGUUUUUAUUCUUAUAAAAUGCAAUAUAAAAUGCUAUAAAUGUAUAAUAUCAUGGGAUUGCAUGUGUGAAUGUGUAUUAUAAAGUGUGUAUGUCUUUUUUUUUUGUAUGGUAUAAAAAAGAGUUUUUUUUUUUCUCAGUGUGUAUGGAAUGUUAUGUACAUUUGGAAGCUAUGCAUUUUAAAGUGCUAUUUGGUGUAAUAUAUUUGUGAGCUAUGCAUUUUUAUACACUGCUGUCUCGUUUUAUAUCGCAUCAGUGUACGCUCAGUUUUACAUAUGUAUUGUUAUUAGGUUUAAAACAUGUUUAUUCAGGACAGUGCAUUACUAAUCUGUCUAAAAUUUUACAGAAGUGGAUUAUGUAUCGUUUCACACGAUAUUAGGUGAAUUUUUUACGAAAAUAAUUCAAAUAAUUUCUGGAAAAUUUUAUUCACAAGAAUGGUUUUCUAUAUUUUCGUGACUCUGUUCCCUAAUUUGUGGGAAAUCUGUUUGUGCAAAAAUUCACAAAGAGUGACUUUUUUAAGGAACACAAGAAGUUGCAAUAACUGUUACAAAAAGAAUAGAAAUAUCAGGAGAGAAAGAAUGUUUUUUGGUAGACACGUAGCAAAUAUGUUCUUGAAAAGUUGCUUUUGCUGAAGAAAUCUUACAUGUUGGAGUCACCUUUGACAAGAAAGGCUCUACUGGUGAAGUAACUUGUAUUCUAUUGUAACGUUAGAUGGUGAAGUCACUUUUGGCCUACUGGUAGAUUUUGAAGUCACUUGAAACAUACCAGUAGGUGGCGAAGUCACGUAUAACAUACAAGUAGGUGGUGAAGUCACUUGGAUAGGGCAUUCGUGUGUCAAGAGUUCUGGGUAGCCAAAAAAUUUUUUUCUCAAAAAACGUCUUGUGGUGUAAAAAGUCUCUCUGUCACAAGAAAAGUUGAAGAGCCUUCUAUUUAAAAAGAAAAGGAAAAUUCCCUUGAGGGAAUAGAUACUGAGGGACAAGAUUGACUUUCUUAUGUCUACUUAAAGAUUUUUUGCUAAGUGGAUUCACUGCUUCCAUUGACAGAAAAGGCUGCUGUUAUGCUGUUUUCUUGAUGAAAAACAAGAAAACUACUCAUGAAUGGACGUUGCAAUAAAUCAUGUUUCCCAUCUGUGUAAAUGCACAUAAACCAUUGCAGAGAGGAGAAUCCAUUUGCAAGGUAAAUAUAUAAUUGCAAAGACAUAAAUAUAGUGUUGCAAAAUUGCAUAGUAUAGCCAGUCACGCUAUACUGUCUCUGUUGAAAGGGGUCUUUACUCUGCAUCCAAAAUAUAUAUGUAUAAUUACGAGUUCAUUUUUGUAAAGUGUACAUGAUUUCUGAUAGUUUUUGUUAAUAUAAUCCACUAGUCAUGUUUACUCAACCGUGACAUGUGAUGAACUAAAGUAUUGACCCCCUGAUAAUGGGAUUAAAUACAUUUGUGGUAUUUUAAUUUGUCUCUAUCUCAAAAUGUUUAGAAAGAUGAAUAUUUCUUGAUACCUGGCGUGCAGAAGAACGUGUUUUUUUGAAGAAAAUGUGUUUUAUGAUGUGUUAUCUUUUUGAAAAUCAAAGUGGUUCAUGCAUGUGAAUGUAUAGAAUUCACGUAUGGCAUUGCUUCAUCUCAUCUGAAUGGACGUUGACGCUGGAUCUCGCAU